UCGGCAUCCCUAUAUAUUUCCAAAAUUGCAAAUGUGAGUGGAGUGGACUGUGGAGUAUGAUAGCUGACAGAUAGUUGUCAAUUAAAUCAGCUGAAACAUAAUAAAUUAGAAAGGGGCUAUAAAGUAUAAAUAAAUCUAUUAAAAAACUAAUGAUCACGUUAAAAAAUACAUAAUAACUGAAUGUAAGCAUUUUGUGAAUAAUAUAUAAUUAAACAAUGAAUGCAGUGGUCAGACAAAUGGUUACGCAGCAGACGUAUAGGUUAUGUUAUAGAACUUCAAACAAAUAUUUACAAGCUCCCGUAAUCUCAAGAUGUUCUGUUAAUAAUCGAAAUUAUUGUGAUAACAAAUUAGAAACAAGAAGACUUCCUCAAUUAAUGGAAUUUCCGCCUGUUGUAUGGCCAUCAUUUAUAAAUUUCAUCAAAAACUGGAUGUUUUCGACAUUUAUUAUCCGUCCUUAUUUCGAGCGAGAAUUUAGUCUCCAAGAGUUUAUAGAAGCUUCUAAACAUGCUGUUCAGGUCGUGUCAGAAGGCCUGCAGAACAGUGACUUUAAUAAUUUAGACGGUUUGGUUGAAAAGGAUGCAAUAUCCACGCUUAAAACAGCCGUGUCACAGUUGUCUAUUUCACAGAGGCAGUUAUUAAGCAUAAAUAAAGAUGAUAUUUUUUAUGCAUUUCCAUAUCAGGUAGGUGUUAUGUUUGAUGAUGCUGACAAGAGAUGGGUGGAGAUUACAAUGUGCUAUCAUGUUCUAAGGGGCCUGAAAAGCAUGAAAGACAGUGGAGAUUUACCUCCAAUUACAUUAGGGGGCCAACCAGAAUUUGAAGACAAAAUAUUUAUUCUUAAUUACAGAUUUAUUAGAGAAUUCACAAAAGGUGUUGAAGACAGUUGGUGGAUUAAUAUUGUUAAUCAUUUCCAACCACAAAAUCUAAGGAAAAACUAGUUUCUUCCUUGAAUAAUGUAAGCGAAAUUUACAACUAAAUUGAUUAAUAUUGUGCUUUAUAAUAUAAGCAUUACAUUAUUUUUUUCAAGAAAGGCAAGUGCACUUUAUAAGUAGCUCUUCUCAAGUUUAUUCUUCUUGGGUUUUAAUUCUAGAAAAACAAAUUGUUGUUUUAUUUCACUUGAUUUUAAUUCAUUUUGAUUACUAAGAAUACUUAAAUGUAUUUUAGAAUAGCCUAAUUUUUUUGCCAUGUUAGUUUUUUUAUGUCAUAAUUAUGUGACUUGACACAGUUGACAAUCAGGUAUAUGUUUAUAACAUAAAUACAUUUUACGAUUUGAACUAAAUGCUGAUAUUAAAUAAAACUAAAUAUUAUCCAGUUACAAAAAUAACUAUUUUUGUACUCAACAGUUUGGAAAGUGUUAAUAAAAACGAAAUAUUUUUAGUUAAAACAGACUGUUAAUAGUUAGGAUGAAGUGUAUA